CCCUGCGGGGAAAGCCACAAACUACAGGCGGGGGCCGGGGUGUCACCUCUACGGAAGCGCUGGUGACUCUACCGCAGAGGAGUCUGAGGCCCCACGCGGCUGAUGUGGCUCACACAGGACUCACUGGGGACACAGAGACCAGGAGGUGCAGAGUAGGGGCACUGGAUCUAUCCUGGGAAGUCAGAAAGGACUUCUUGGAGAAGUUUCCAUCCAAGGAUGAGAACAAGGAAACUAGGAGAGCAGGGGAAGACCAUUCCAGGCAGUGCAACUGCACGUGAAAAGGUCCUGUGGUUCAGCUUUCCUCCUCUGUCCCUCUGGGUCUCCAAGAAUCUCACGCCAGAGUUCAGAUUGAACUGAGCCUUUGGCUUGUCUGCUGACCUUCUCAGCGGCCCUCCAGGCAGUCAUGGAUAUGGAUCUCUUGGCCCUGGACGUACCCCAGAGUCGCAGCAAGAUCCUGCACAGAGCGCAGGGCCGGGGCCCUGCUGUGCGUCGCCAGAGGGAGUUCAUGCCAGAAGAGAAGAAGGACACGGUUUACUGGGAGAAGCGGAGGAAGAACAACGAAGCGGCCAAGAGAUCCCGGGAGAAGCGGCGUCUCAAUGACGCGGCCCUCGAAGGCAGGCUGGCCGCCUUGCUCGAGGAGAACGCUCUGCUCAGGGCUGAGCUGCGGGUGCUCAAGCAUCGUUUUGGCCUCCUGCCCUCCAUUGGUGGUACCCGGACCCUGCCCACUCUGCUAUGGGAACCCCCCUGGACUGGAGACCCCUGCUCAAGGGCUGAACAGCACCUGUCUCUUCCUGGCUCCCAUGGCUGCCUCUUGAGACCGUGUUCCCUGGACGCUGGGGUUCCAGGAUGUUGGGGCUGCCUGGUGGCUCACAAGUGGGCUGGCCAGGCCACUUCCCCCAGAUCCCUCCAGGACCCCACACCCUCUGCCCCCAAGAAAAUGGACAUGGCUUUGCAGGCUGCCCUUCCAGCUGCCUUCUUCAGCUGUCACCUCCUGGAUAGGCAUGGGGGGCCCAGAUCAGAGCUCAGGCCCUGCUGGGGGCUGUGGUCACCUGUGCCCACUGGUUGCCGGGUCUCAGGGCCCUCAGAUGUGUUGCUGACACCCAGUGCUGAUCCCUUGGGGUUACCUGCUGGGGUGGCCUGUCCUGUUUCAGGGAAUGAUCCAGAGGGUCUGGCACAGCCCUCCCUGCCCCACAAAUUGCGUAUCAAGUCCCGAGCCUCAGGCAGAGUACCUCGAUGUUGGGAGGGUGGCCGGGGCCCCAUCUGAGGUAGUAGUUGGUACUGAGUGUGGGUUUGUCUGGGGGUAUGAGUAGCUUGACCUUGACUCAGCUCCCAGACUGGGCAAAGCCUGCGGGAGGUAGGGGGCACCCUGUCUGGGGGUAGGAUCCACUUCUCAGUGUUCAGACCAUUCUUUUAAGAGGAAAGACUGGGGUACCUUUAUCAUACCAUGGCUUCUAUCCUGCCUAAAAUAUUUACUUUGGGUAGUCACUUUUUCUUCCUUCCUCUUUCCAUCUACCCAUCUAUCCAUCCAUCCAUCCACCCAUCUAUCUACUAAUUUGUCCGUACAUCCAUCCAUCCACCCACCCACCCACCCACUCAUCUACACAUUUGUCCAUCUAUCCAUCCAUCCAUCCAUCCUUCCUUCCAUCUAUCUAUUCAGUUAUCUAACCACUCAGCCAUCUAACCACACCCAUUUACUCGUCAACUCACCCACCCACCCAUCCAUUUUUCCUUCUUUCCUUCAAUCUAUGGAUCCAUCCACCUAACCACUUAGCUAUGAGUCUAUACACCUAUCAGUUCAUCCAUUCAUCUAUAUACCCACAUGUCCACCCAGUUGUCUAUUCUUUUAUUCAUUUAACCACUUGUUCAUCUGCUCAUUUGGUCACCAUUCAUUCAUUCAUUCAUUCUUUCACUCAUUUAUUUAUAAUUCAUUUGUUCCCUCACUUACCCCACUUAUAAACUGUGUGCCCCUCGCUCCCUGCCCAGCUUAGUAACAAGUGUGAGGAAACCUUCCUGGCUUUGGGGUUCCUGUUCUAGGGGUGGGGGUGGGGGCUUGGGAACAGACAUACUGAGAGCCAUACUGAAGGAGGAGGUAACGUCUCAGGAUGUCUGACUCAUUUCCUAGAGUCCUUGGUGGGCUUGCUUACCACCCAAUUUGGGGAUCAGAUUUACCCAGUUCAGAUGGCUUCCUCUAUGUGUUGGGUCAGGGACCUGAGCCACUGAAACUGGCCAUCAAUAUCUGGAAAGGGGUGGUGGUGUCAGUUUCCUCUCUUCAGCACAUACACUCCGAACUGGAUGGGAGAAAAGACCACUCUCCAGUGACCUUGGAACCCCCAGAGCUCAUUAAGGCCCCCUCCUCUCUUCCUCACUCAGGUCCUUCUUUUUGAAAAACAAACGAACAGAAUCCUUUCAGAGUAUCUGUUGGAUUCUGGACAGAAAGAUCCCAAUUCCAAUGGUGGGCAGGGCUGGCACCUCUUGAUUGGUGCCAUUGCUGAGAACUGGACGGUCCUGUCAACCUCAGGUGCUUCAAGGACAACCCCCCACCCCAGGUUCAGGGGCUGGGCUAAUUCUCAGCCACCCCAGGUUUAUCAUUGUCUCAAACUGUGAGAACUGUGCUGGCUAGGAGUCCUGCCCUUCAUGGGCAACAUGGGGCACCCUGCACAUCACGGCCUGGCCCUCCUCUGCAAGCUCCUCCCUCGUUCGGGUCCCUCACCUGGUUCUCAGCCCUCUGGCAUAAGUAGAGAACAGGGAGGCAGCCAGGCCUCUUAUCCUUCUGGUCACAGCUGCAGCGGUCAGCCAUGGGGGCUCUGUCUUUCUGAGGACCUGUACUUCCAGCUUAGCUACUGGCCCUGGGCAAGGACAGGGGAGGUACCCAGUGCCCUGCCUUUUCUCUGACCUUUGGGCUGGGCUUGGAGACUUACAUCUCCCAAAAAUGUCCUAGGGAGCUAGGAAGGAGGACUGCCUGGAGGAGGGAGCUCUGGCCUCUCCUUUGUCAGCCAGCUUCCAUAGCUGGGAGAGGGUAGACUGGGGGUGCAGAGGAGCCAAAUCUCAACACGAAGAUGCCACAGAGUUUUGGCUGAUCCUGAACAGAGGCCUUUAAUGCAGCCCUGGCCCUGGAAAUAGUGAAAAAUGCUAACAGAGAGGGAAGGAGGAAGUGGGGCAUAGCAUCCCGCAGCUGGGAGAUGUGGGUAGAUUGGUGCUUCCUUCUGGUGAUUCCAUGCAGCUGGUGCAUCUGAAGUGUCUGGGCCCUGCUCGCUCAUACCCCACACACUCAGGGGAGUGAGGCUCUUCGUCCUUAGGUGACUCAAGCCCCCUUUAACCUUCCAGCUCUAGUUGGAAAAGCCCAGAGAAGUAUAUUUUUGUCUUGUUUAAGGAUCCUUUCAUGUCUCAAGGUCAUAAAGUCUCCUAAAUGUUCUCGUAAA